AUGGCACUGUCCCUUGGCCUGGAGCCCCGUUUCUUCCUACCCAUGGCUGCGAGGAGCGCGACGGUUGUACUUGCUAUUUGCUUCGGCCUCACUAUCCUAUCCCACAGCGCACCUCACACCCAAACCCUGCAUAAAUCUGCAAUUCGCUACUGCCUGCACUACUAA